GUGAGAUAAAGUCACAGAGCCCAGUCUUCCAUUCUCACUCUCUCUUUCACAGCUGCUUUAAUGUUAGAUCUGUCUUUUACGUCGCUUCGAAGUCUUCUUCAUUCCUUCACAUACCCAAAUCCUACGCAUCCACUCAAAUCCCUAAUUAUCCAAUUCCCACUCUCAGACAUCUCUCCAAUUCCACAAUGGCCUCUCCCAACCCCUACACCAAGCCUCGCUCUCCACCACCGAAUGCCGUAGUACCGCCGCCGUCUACCACUCAGCCCCGGUCUAAAUCCAGCGGAGGUGGAUUCUUCUGUAAGUCUGUUCUACUUGCUCUCUUUCUCCUCGCCUUGCCGUUGUUCCCUUCCCAAGCUCCUGAUUUCGUCGGUGAGACUGUUCUCACCAAGUUCUGGGAACUCAUUCACCUCUUGUUCGUCGGCAUUGCUGUUGCUUAUGGUUUGUUUAGCCGUAGGAAUGUUGAUUCCUCUGUUGAUUUAAGGAUGAGCCGUGUAGAUGAGUCUUCCUUGUCCUAUGUUUCUAGAAUCUUCCAGGUUUCUUCGGUUUUUGAUGAAGAGUUUGACGAGAACAAUUCUUGCGAGUUUGUUGAUGUGAGGAGUGAGACUCGUUCGAUUAAUGAGAAUGCUCGAGCUUCUGUUGUUGUUGAUAGCGAAUUGGAAGAAUCGUCUGAAUAUGGUACUAAAACUAACGAAGUCAGAGCUUGGAAUUCGCAGUAUUUUCAGGGCAAAUCUAAGGUUGUGGUUGCUCGACCAGCUUAUGGUCUUGAUGGUCAUGUUGUGCAUCAGCCAUUAGGCUUGCCGAUUAGGAGUUUAAGGUCAGCUUUGAGAGAUUCUACUGCAGCUCCUGAUGAUAUCUGUGAUGGAGCUGUAAGUGGGGAAGCUGAGUCAUUAUUGCCUGAUGAGGUCAUCAUGGCUGCUCCGACUCCAUCUGUUCCAUGGCAUUUUAGUCCUGAAAUGAUGGGCAUGGGAGACAACUAUCCUUCAGAGUUUUACCCUCAAUCUGUUGAUGAAACUCAGUUUGCGGCUCGCAAUUCAACAUCUUCUUCUUCAUCACAAACUAGUCUUGCAUCCCAUACUCAGAACAAAUUCUCGCCUUCUUGUUCUGUUUCUGAGGAGUCACUAAACUCAAAUGUGGAAGAAUUGGUCAAGGAAGAGAGUCUUCAGGGUUCAACACGGUCUUGUUCGCCAUCCUUACCCCCAUCGCCAUCUUUGUCUCUGUCGCCGCCAUUGUCUCCAUCUCCACCAUCGCCACAAUUAGUGAUCGAAGCUACUCACAGGCGUUUACCAGAAGUUGUAACUGAUGAUACCCACCGGCGUGCCUCGCAUUCUCGGCAUUACAGUGAUGGUUCAUUGUUAGAGGAGGAUGUAAGGAAGGGUUUUGAAGAUGAACUGGAGGGGCGAAAAGUCAGAGACAGAAAAACAGAAUUCUUCAGUAAGAAAGAACGGGGAUCUAAGUCACUUAAUUUGACUGCUGAAAGUUCCCGGAGAGGGAGCAAGUCUCGCAGAUCUUAUCCUCCUGAGUCCAUCUCAUCUCCCAUUGGUGGUGCUGAUACAAGGAGACGGAAUCUUCAGCAAAAGAGUGAUAUCCAUUUGCUUGAAGACAAUAUUGGGAAAGGUCUAGAGGCCGACAAUAACAAUGUGAGGGCCAAAAAGGGAAGGAGUCACGACUCUCUGGAGCUACCAGCCGAAGACUCUGCAAAAGAUGAGGAAUUCAGCGAAUCUUUUCCUGCUUUAGAUGUAUUGUUCCAACCAACGAAUGCUAAAGCUUCAAGGCGUGCAAUGCAUUCUUCACGAGGGGGACAUGACAGUUUGCCGGAGAAGGAUGACGCAAGAAAGUUAGAAGAUGACACUGUGCAUUCCGAUAAGCCCUGGAAAACGGACAUUCGUGGUAAUGACAAGGAAUUGAGAUCAAACAGUCCGAGACUUGAAUCACCACGUUCUUGGAGAGCUUCUAGUAAUGUAUCAUUGAGAGGAAAGUCUGUGAGGACCAUAAGAUCUGAUCGCCAUGGGAAAAAUCAAAAGACAGAUGGAGAUUCAUCUGAUGAUCGACCAGAAGCUAAAGUAGAAAGCCGAGGAAGAACAAAAUCGAGAAGACAACGACAAGAAGAACUAUCAAUUGUACUGCACCAGGAGAAUAUUUCAGAAACUCAUGCUAAAUCUGAGCCAGAUGAGGUUGCUAUGGAAGAGACCGAGACCGAGGCCGAGCAGCAACCUCAAGUAACAUUAGAGGGGGAAGAAGAAGCUGCUUGGGAAAGCCAAAGCAAUGCAAGUCAUGACCAUAAUGAGGUUGAUAGAAAAGCGGGGGAGUUCAUAGCAAAAUUCCGGGAACAAAUCCGGUUGCAGAAACUCAUAUCCGGUGAACAACCCAGAGGAAGAGGAGGAGGCGGCCCUGGUAUGAUCAGAAACAGCCAUUUCAGAUGACACGUACCACUAUUUAUUCCUUCAUUACUUGUAUUAUUGUUGUAACUUUUAUCUAUUGGCAUUGUUGAUGAGAAUCUGGAGUGUUUGUUUGAAUAAAAUGAAAUUUUAACUUA